AUUAAGAAAAUGAACCAAUUGUAAAAACGAAAAAAUCUUUUGGACCUAAUCAAUAGCUUGUUAGAAAGAACAUAUCAAGUAAUUUUUUACAUGUCUUGAUUAGUUUCAGAUGAUCCUCGCCAUUACCAUCUUCCACCUUCCCCCCUCAAGCACACAUCCCCAAUAAGGUGUUUCAUCAAAACCAUGGCUGACACCAAACAAGAUUUGGAGACUUCAGAGGAUGGGAGGAAGAUAGUGAAGAUGGGCUCGCUUAAAAAAAAAGCGAUAAGUGCAUCAAACAGAUUCAAGAACUCGUUCAAGAAGAAGACUCGGAGGAGCAGCAGCAGAAUCGUGUCCGUUGACAACAUCAACGCAGAGGAUCGUCAGUCUCUUGACGCGUUCCGUGAAGUUCUUGCCUACGACGACCUUUUACCCUCCAAACAUGACGAUCUUCAUAUGAUGCUCAGAUACUUAAAGGCGAGAAAAUUUGACAUUGAGAAAGCAAAGCAAAUGUGGAGUGACAUGCUUCAAUGGAGGAAGGAUUUCGGAGCCGACACGAUCAUUGAAGAUUUUGAGUUUGAAGAGAUCGAUGAAGUACUCAAGCAUUAUCCUCAAGGCUAUCAUGGAGUGGACAAAGAAGGCAGACCGGUUUACAUUGAGAGGUUAGGCCAAAUCGACGCAAACAAGCUAUUGCAAGUGACUACGAUGGACCGGUACGAGAGAUACCAUGUGAAAGAGUUUGAGAAGAUGUUCAAGAUCAAGUUCCCUUCUUGCUCAGCCGCAGCCAAUAAGCACAUUGAUCAAAGCACGACCAUUUUUGAUGUGCAAGGCGUGGGACUUAAGAACUUCAACAAAUCCGCGAGAGAACUUCUUCAACGCCUUCUCAAGAUCGAUAACGACAACUAUCCUGAGACUCUUCACAGAAUGUUUAUCAUCAAUGCGGGUCCUGGAUUCCGGCUCUUGUGGGGGCCAGUUAAAUCUUUUCUUGAUCCAAAGACGACAUCAAAGAUUCAUGUUCUUGGGAACAAAUACCAGAGCAAAUUACUUGAAGCCAUUGACGCUAGCGAGUUGCCACAUUUCUUUGGCGGCCGUUGCACUUGUGAAGGUAAAGGAGGCUGUAUGCGAUCUGAUAAAGGCCCGUGGAAUGAUCCUGAGCUUCUUAAGAUGGAUAAGACCCCCGAAGCUAGGUUCUCGACUAUUUCAGAGGAGGAAGAUAAGCUUGUAGUAGAAGGGACAACAAUAUCAAUGGUCUUUGAACCUCUAGAGAGAAACAAGAUGAAAACCAUCGAAGAGAAUGUGUGUGAGAAACACAUUGACAAGUUCAUGGCAGUGUCUUUGCCUCCAAAACCUCAUUUAAGGACCCCAAAAAGAGGCAAGGGGCCACAAAACAAAGAUGAUAGCUUUCUUGUGGGAGGGGUUAUCGCUUUUGUGAUGGGAAUUGUUGCAAUGCUCCGGCUAUCUAAAGACGUUCCAAAGAAGCUCACAGAAGCUGCAUUAUUCGGAAACUCAGUUUACCACGAGCAAUCACAAAUAUCUAAACCGAACGAAGAUCAAUCUCCAGCACCACCAGUCUCAAACUCCGAGUACCUAAUUAUGGUGAAACGAAUGGCCGAGCUUGAAGAAAAGUACAAGUCCCUUGACUCGAAAUCAGCAGAUGAUAUUUUAGAGAAAGAGGAUAAACUUCAGGCCGCUGUUAACCGAGUUCAAGUGCUUGAGCAUGAGUUAUCUGAAACCAAAAAGGCUUUGGAUGAAACGAUCGCUAACCAGAAGGGGAUUCUUUCAUAUAUUGAGAAGAAAAAGAAGAAGAAGAGACUGUUUUGCAUGUUCUAAAUCAGCGAACAAUGGUUAUAUGAUCUCCCACCACAAUUUCAGAUGAGAAGCAAGAGUGUUUCUAUGUGAUUCUCACACAGAUGAGAUAUAUAAAUGCAUUAUUUUAGUGAAAAUAAACUCUCCCAUCGGUCCUGUUUUGUAUAUAACUUCUUUUCUUUUACUUAACAAGUAGUGGAUUUUGCCACAAGAGGUUUGUUUUGGGUGUUCCCUUGCAAUUUAGAGUGCUUAUAUUGGGUGUUAUUUGCAAUUUUUUCUUUUAUGUUAAAUUUAUACGUGAAUUAUAAUCUCGUGCAGAGUAAUGGAUAAUGUAAGGAUGAUGAAUUGUUGAUUAUCUA